UUGCUUUAUUGUUUUUUUAUUUGCAAUUAUUUUCUUAGUGCAUUUUACCAGUAGAAUUAAAAUCAGAAAACAGACAAAAGAAGAAUAUUAAUUUAAUAAAAACAGUUGAACAAAAGCAAAACAGAACUUCCUUUCUAACGACAAAAUGCAUCAUAUAAUCGUUUUAAUCUUUAUAAUUGCCGGUUCGUGUAAUACACUCUUAAUCAAAUGGGCUAAUACAUUGACGGGAGAAUGCAGCGAUGGCAUUUGGCGUUAUUUUCAACAUCCGGUAGUUUUAACAUUUUUAAUGUUUGCUGGAGAAUUUCUUUGUUAUUUGUUUUAUAAAACCAUUUUCUUUAUUCUACGACGACGUAAUGAUGGUUCUGAGGAUACAAAUCUAUUGACUAGAGGUGAUCGUGAAUUUAAACCUUUAAACAUGCUAUUGCCGGCUUUUUUGGAUGCUAUAUCGACUAUACUAUUAUUGACGGGUCUAUAUUUAACCUAUGUCUCCAGUUUUCAAAUGAUAAGAAGUUCUUCUAUCAUUUUUGUGGGACUACUUGGUUCCAUACACAUGAAUCAAACUUUAAUAGGACGUCAUUGGUCGGCCAUUGUUACGAUUAUAUGUGGACUUACGAUAAUUAUAUCAACCGAUAUGCAGCGUGUUGUAUAUGACCAGAAUUCUUUGGCGCAUAUAAAUGCAAAUGCUGUACUGUCUGGUGAUUUAAUGAUAAUAUGUGCCUCCAUAUUUCAAGCUGGCCGCAUGGUGUACGAAGAGAAGUACUUAAAGGCUUGUAGUGUACCCAUUUUGCAGGCCAUUGGCUGGCAAGGAUUAUUUGGCAUACUAAUCACCAUGUUCCUGGGCAUAUGCAUGAAUUUCUUGCCAACACCCAUAAUACCUUUUAAUGAUAGUUCGCGUGGUGUUUUUGAUGAUCUUAUGGAUGUUUAUAGUCAAUUGCGCAGUAAUCCUUGGCUUAUAGUGGCUUUGAGCUUGUUUAUAGUGACUACUUUGCUGUACGGCUAUACUUCGUUGUGCAUUAUACGUUUCUCUUCGUCAGCCAAUCUUGUGUUGGCCGAAAGCGUAAGAUCUUAUUUAGUUUGGUUAGCAGCCUUGCUGCUCGAAUGGGAAUAUCUGAAUUUUAUUUCGAUUAUUGGUUUCUUAAUCUUACAAAUUGGUUUAAUUACUUAUCGUAAAGCUAUAUUAUUAGAAUGGUAUCGUUCUGUAUUGUUGCGUUUAUCCCGUAAUCGUUAUGCUGACAUGUCUGGCGAUCCUACAGCUGGCUUAGGAGGUGGUACAACUGGUGAUGUGCCAACUAGUCGCCCGGCUGAUAUUAUUUAAGCUACAUAUAUAUUUUUGUUGGCCUUUGACAUUUUAAAACUUUUAGUUGUGAUAAGAGUAUAAUAUCAACUUAAAAAUUAUUUCAAAACAAAAAAAAAGAAAUCGAGAAUACUGUUUAACUUUUAAAAAGAAAAUUAAUUGUGUGUAUAAUGUGAGAGUUUGUUUUAUUUUUCUUUUUUAAAGAAUAGUUCUCAAUAAAUUUGAAAAAGACUUGUAAUGUAUGAAUUUAAAUUAGAGAUUUAAUUAUUAAUAAAGUAAAAAUAUUUACAAAUCAAAA